CGUAAACAGAACGCCGCUGAGUCUGACCGGCGCACGUGCUGUUCCGGAGCCGCGGAGUGACGUGAGGAGAGCACGUCACUGCAGCUGCUGAAGAACCUCUUCCCGAAGAAAGAGGCAGCACUAGAGGUGACCCGGCGGAACUGCCAUAAUGGUGCUGUCGUUCUGUGAUAAGCUCAUCCUGGCUCCGAUGGUUCGUGUGGGAACUUUGCCUAUGCGACUUCUUGCUUUAGAUUAUGGUGCGGACAUAGUAUACUGCGAGGAACUGGUGGAUAUAAAGAUGUUGCAGUGUAAGCGAGUUGUUAAUGAAGUCCUCCAGACAGUGGACUACGUUGCUCCCACAGAGAGAGUCAUUUUUCAGACUUGUGAAAGAGAGAAAGAUCGUCUUGUGUUUCAGAUGGGGACUUCUGAUCCAGAAAGAGCACUGGCAGUUGCCAAACUUAUAGAAAAUGAUGUUGCUGCUAUUGAUAUUAACAUGGGCUGUCCCAAGGAAUAUUCCACCAAGGGUGGCAUGGGAGCAGCCCUUCUAUCAAAUCCAGAAAAAAUUGAGAAAAUACUGAAAACGUUAGUGAAUGGAAUUUCCAAGCCAGUGACGUGUAAAAUACGCAUCCUUCCGACACUUGAAGCCACUGUCAAUCUGGUGAAGCUAAUUGAGAGAACUGGUGUUGCAGCUAUUGCAGUUCAUGGAAGGAAGAAAGAGGAAAGACCUCAGCACCCCGUCCACUGUGAUUUCAUCAAGGCAAUAUCUGAGGCUGUAUCAGUUCCUGUUAUUGCCAAUGGAGGAUCACAGGAACUUGUACGAGAAUUCCAAGACAUGGAAGCAUUUCGAUCUGUCACAGGCGCGUCAUCUGUUAUGGUGGCACGAGCAGCCAUGUGGAAUCCCUCCAUUUUCAGAAGAGAGGGCUUGCUACCUCUAGAAGAUGUCAUGCGUGAUUACAUUACACAUGCGGUUAGGUAUAACAAUCAUCACACCAAUACAAAGUAUUGCCUGUGCCAAAUGAUGCGAGACCAACUUGAAUCUCCUCUGGGCAGAAAACUUCAUGCAACACAAUCAACGCUGGAUAUUUGUGAAGUAUUUGAAAUGACUUCGCUUUACGAGAGUUGUCAGUUGUCUCAAGAAGCCAUGAAAGUAUCCCUAAAUAUCAAUGGUCAAGAGACUGUAGAGACGGAUAAUGAGGAAAAUCACAACGUAAUACAAAUGGCUGUCAGGUUUGAAAGAAAAGACUACCUUCCUCAGGUUACGCCUAAGAUGUUUCUCUUGGAGUGGUGCAGGAAAGAAAAGUUGCCUCAACCAGUUUACUGUACAGUUCAGCGAUCACUUGAUAAAUUUUUCCGCUCUGUGGUCAGUGUGAAUGAAAAGAAAUAUUGUUCCACACUCUGGGACAAGUCAAAGAAGUUAGCAGAACAAUCUGCAGCCAUUGUGUGUCUCCGAACAUUAGGGCUUCCAGAAGGAAAGCUUGGGGAGGAAGAAAGUAACCUUGUUCGGAAGAGAAAAAGAGCAGUCCAGGAUGAAAGCGUAGACGUGACGAACUCACAAGCACUGUUGAAUGGGUGUUAGUGUUCACUUUGCCUGCUAGAUGAAGGCGACCACCAUUUGGGCAAUUAGCAGACUUUGAAAAUGACUGAAUGGUGGGACUUUGAGAUGCUAGAUGGUCCUUCCGUCAAAUCUCAGAAAAAAUUGGACGAGAAGUUUCUGUAGCGAAUUGGUGGUGUCGACAGUGGUCAGAGGAGGGCAGUCACACGUAGAGAGGGCUUCGGAAGGUCAAGACAGACAAAGGCAUGCCAACAUCGCUGUAUAAGAAGAGCUGCUGUAUCUCAAAGGACAGCCAUGCAAUCACAAAUUGGUUCUGCAGGAGGCCUUGCAGAACAUAAGAAACAGGACUGCAUUCACACACGCCAGUAACUUGUUUGCUAUUGACCUCUUAUGAACACCAAGAACACCUGCACUGGAGGCAUGAAUGGCAAACAGUAGUGUUCUGCGAUGAAAGUAGGUUCUGCCUUGGUACUAAUGAUGGCUGCAUGCAUAGUGCAAAGACGCACAAAACCAACACUAGGAUGAAACUUUCCCACCCACUAAACAAAAUCUUCUCCAUGCUUUUGGAUACUUUUCCAGUAGCAUCCCUGGCCAGCUUGAUCACAAGAUCUCUACCUGAUGAAGAAUGUCUGGGACUGGAUGGGGCAACGGAUGUCCUAUGGUCAGCAGCCAACAACCACCUUAUGGCUGACUUACGGCUCCAAGUUGAAAGAGCUUGGAAUGACAUACCACAGUGGGAUAUCAGCAUCUGUAUGACCAAUACCAUGCCAGAGGGGCAGUGUGUUUCGCAACAAAUGCUACCUAGUAUUAAUCUGACCCUGCCUCAACAUAACCUUCUGCAGAACCCAAAAAAAAAGGGGGCACCAACUUGGUUGUAUGAUCACUGACCAGGUACCACUAGCAGUUUGUAUUUUGUCAACCUUAGCUCAAUCAUAUUAAGUUUUCCAGGUGUUCUUUUUUUUCCCUUUUCUGUUAGUGCAUUUCUUUUACCAUUAUGACAUCUAGUGGCUGUCCUGGGACACUACCAACCUUUUUGACAAUUCAAAUAAUUGAAUUUUACUAGUCUUCCAGACAGAGUUCAAUGGACUUCUAUCUAUUUUAACUUUUUCAUAUCUCUUUUAUUCCUCUGUUAGACGUGUGUGUGUGUGUGUGUGUGUAUAUAUAUAUAUUUAUUAAUUAGUACAAUAUGUGUGUGUGUGUGUGUGUUUGUGUGUGUUUUUAAUUGUGUGCUUUGUGUUGGGAGAUCUCCAAAUAAGAUCCCCAUGCCUGCAGGGAUUAACCAGAUAAUUGCCAGCAUUUACCUACACAAUCGUUAUUUUUGCUUCUUGGUUAAUUAAUAUACUGAUAUUCUUUGAUUGGGAAUCUGAGUAUUGACUAUCUUCAACUUAUCUCCCUCUGCUGUCAAUCCUUAUCUCCCACCAAGCCGAUUAAUUUUAGCAUUUAAACACGGCACCUCCCCUAGUAACAAAGGUAAUGUACCAAUUACGGUAACUAUUUUUAAUUCUAUAUUUUUUGUAUAACUUAUUUAACAAAACACGUGAGUGUAUUAUUAUUAUUUUUUUCAUGAAACUUGUAUGUAUUAAAUUAAAUAAGUUUAUAUACAUUGAGUCACAAUACAAUACAUACAUACAUGAGUCAACUACUUGUGUGACUUUGGCUGAUAAGGAUCAUACUGCCAAUGUUUCUUCAAAUUGCAAAAGAACCCUAGGAAGAAACCAGUACUGCUUUAAAAUAAGUUGUUCUGCUUUUAAACAUCAAGUAAAUAAAAUCCUUAAUCAAGAACCACUACGUCCCAGUCCUAGCUGACGGUGUCUACAACAGAUUGACUGUUAUUCCCCCAGCCGUUCUACUGAUUACUGGAGUCCACUAUAAGGACCAGGAAAGACCUUUGGCUGCAGACCCAAGGAUAUAAUAUAUAUGCCCAAAUAGAUAUGUCUCCUGCACAAUGCCUAUAGGAGAGUGCAUUGCCAUUUGCAAAGUGUGUGUACACUGUGAUACUCUGUCUAGAAGUUGCGUUUCUCACUAGUAUUCUCCUUUCUAUACGGCAUUUUAUCAUCAAAAUUGGCACUUUUGAAGCUGUCUCAUCUGCAGGUCAUCUCCUCCUACAUAUACCGUGCUCAUCUUAUAUGAUGGGAGAGACUCCCUCUCGUCACAUUCUCUGUGUGACUGGGGCUGUCCGCUAUAAUUGGGGCCACUGGUACAGGCAAUUGCUUCUCUUAGGCCUGGCAGCACUAACCCUGCUCUUACUAGCCACUUUCUUCCACACCUGGAACUCUAACUAGGAUGAAGACUACCUCUCCUUCUAUAUUCCAAAUAAGCUGGUUCGUCACUGGUCGUCACAUCCCAAUGGUGCUUCCAGGGUUAUAACUAUCAUUGUAACAGUCAUAGCAGCUGCUGAGGGUCCCUCAAUAUCAAUGGGACAGUAAUGAUUUCCCUUCAGAAGCUUCACUAAGCCAGCUGAAGGGAGUCUGCUUUAAUGUGCUCUAUCUCCGGUUGUAUAGUAGCUAGAGAUGGGGUUGGUUAAAGCUGAUGUAUAUUAUAUAUAACAAUAUUGUGGUGCAAGCCACCGUACAACAAGAGAGAGAGCAUUCAGAAACUGGGUCAAGUGUGAGAUCUCCUAGCACCAUCUAGUCUUGUUUUAAGGCUUAGAUUGUCAUAUCUUUAGCUACUAUACAACCUGACUUAUAGCAGGUUAAAGCUGCCCUACCACAUCAGCCACCUCUGGUCUCAGCCAGCGUGGUAGAGGAAAGGGGAGGGCCAAAGCAGAACCUGCUAACAGCCGCAGGAAGAGAAGAGAGAUCUAGAUCCUCCUUUCCCUGUGUAACUACUGAACAUGGCCCUAGGGGGAGUGGUAACGUGACUUCUGUGCAUGUUAUCCCCCCUCCUCUCGUCAAUCUCAGAGCAUAUUUGCUCACAAAAUGAGUGAAAAAAUUAGCGCUUAGUCACCUUAUCACCACUUCUAUGCCUCAUUAGGCCGCUUAUGGACACAAUGACCCAGACGAUUACCAGCGGCCAGAUUAUAGCCUAUAGGUCACAUCAAAUGCCUGCAUUACACUCACACAUACAGUGUAUCAGUAAAGCUUACAUUUUGCUGUCCCUCCAGUUCUUUUAAAAUGUGCUAUUAUUGUACAAAAGUAGUAAAAUAAGGCACCUAUUAGUUAUAGCUGUAAUUGUACCGAUCAAGAGAAUAACACAUUAUUAUUAUUAUUUCAUUUUCAGGAGAACCCUUUCAGGACCCUGCCAUAUCUCACCUUAAGGACCAGGCUGUUUUUUGGAAAUUU